AAAUCAGACUUUGGCCGACACCGCCUACAUUACCAUAUAUGGGCUGUCUGGCGGUCUGCUGGGGCUCCGUCCACCCGGCAAAAAGUGCACGAGUACUUGGUGUGCUCUGGAGGCUCCUAGUCACGUUCUAACUUUGCGCAACCAUGCCGUCAGAUCUGGCUAAAAAGAAAGCAGCGAAGAAGAAGGAGGCCGCCAAAGCCCGCCAGCGCUCCAAAAAACCCGAAGACGCGAACGAGGAGAAUGACCAGGCCGAGCCUCAGGAGAACGGAGCGGACAGCAAUGGGGUUGCCAACUUGACCAAAGAGCUGGAUGAGUUUGAGCUUCGGAAGACUGAAGCCAGAGCAGUGACUGGAGUUCUUGCCUCCCACCCCAACAGCACUGAUGUCCACAUCAGCAGCCUGUCGCUCACCUUCCACGGUCAGGAGCUCCUGUCCGACACCAGCUUGGAGCUCAACUCGGGCAGGCGGUAUGGUCUCAUUGGCCUCAACGGCACAGGGAAAUCCAUGUUGUUGUCAGCCAUUGGACACCGUGAAGUUCCCAUACCAGAGCACAUAGAUAUUUACCACUUAACCCGGGAAAUGGCCCCCAGCGACAAGACGGCUCUACAGUGUGUCAUGGAGGUGGAUGAGCAGAGGAUCAUGCUGGAGAAGGAGGCGGAGAGGCUGGCCCACGAGGACUCUGAGUGUGAGAAGCUGAUGGAGCUGUAUGAGCGUCUAGAGGAGCUGGACGCAGACAAAGCACAGAUGAGAGCUUCCCGGAUCCUCCACGGUUUGGGUUUCAGUCCUGCUAUGCAGCAAAAGAAACUACGGGACUUCAGUGGAGGCUGGAGAAUGCGGGUUGCUUUGGCCAGAGCUCUUUUCAUCAAACCAUUCAUGCUGCUGCUGGAUGAACCGACCAACCACCUGGACCUGGACGCCUGUGUGUGGCUGGAGGAGGAGCUCAAGUCGUUCAAGCGAAUCCUUGUGCUCAUUUCACACUCGCAAGACUUCCUGAAUGGCGUGUGCACCAACAUCAUCCACCUGCAUCAAAGGAAACUGAAAUACUACACGGGUAACUAUGACCAGUAUGUGAAGACCAGAGAGGAGCUGGAGGAGAACCAAAUGAAGCGCUUCAACUGGGAGCAGGACCAGAUAGCACACAUGAAGAACUACAUCGCCCGCUUUGGUCACGGUUCUGCAAAGUUGGCCCGCCAGGCUCAGAGCAAAGAGAAGACGCUGCAGAAGAUGGUGGCGUCGGGUUUGACUGAGAAAGUUGUGAAUGACAAGACUCUGUCAUUUUAUUUUCCUCCCUGUGGGAAGAUUCCUCCCCCCGUUAUCAUGGUUCAGAACGUGAGCUUUAAGUACAGUGACAACACGCCGCACAUUUACAAAAACCUGGAGUUCGGUAUCGACUUGGACACCCGGGUGGCUCUGGUGGGGCCCAACGGAGCGGGCAAAUCCACGUUACUCAAGCUGCUUAUGGGGGAGCUGCUCCCGACUGACGGCAUGAUCCGCAAACAUUCUCACGUCAAGAUCGGCAGAUAUCACCAGCAUCUUACGGAGCAGCUGGAGCUCGACCUGUCUCCACUGGAGUACAUGAUGAAGUGUUACCCUGAGAUCAAAGAGAAGGAGGAGAUGAGGAAGAUCAUCGGCCGAUAUGGUCUCACGGGGAAACAACAGGUCAGCCCCAUCCGGAACCUGUCGGACGGUCAGAAGUGUCGCGUUUGUUUUGCCUGGCUGGCGUGGCAGAACCCCCACAUGCUGUUCCUCGACGAACCCACCAAUCACCUGGACAUCGAGACCAUCGACGCUCUGGCAGACGCCAUCAACGAGUUUGAAGGUGGUAUGAUGCUCGUUAGCCACGACUUCAGGCUGAUUCAGCAGGUGGCUCAGGAGAUCUGGGUGUGUGAAAAACAAACCAUCACCAAGUGGAACAGGGACAUCUUGGCAUACAAGGAGCAUUUGAAAUCAAAGAUUGAAAAACAGGCGCAUGAUAUCUGACGCAUCACUCCCGACUCUUCUCCUGGACACGCCGUCAGAGGACGAGCGGUAAACGCCCAACUCCAACAGAAACAGUCUUAUGCAUCUUCAUGGACUUGUCUCUAGUACGUGUUCUGUAUUCUCAGUUUGACAUUCGGUCUAUCCUGCUCUCUGAUUGGCUGAUUCUCCUGGAGCAUCUUUAUUUUUGAAUGCAUUC